AUGACCCAGGGCGUCUCGGAGGCUGACGGCCCCGGCUGGGGCUGGGACGGGGAUGGGGACGAAGACUGGGAUGGCGUCGUGCUGACCCUGCUGGCGCUGGCUGUGGUGGCUGCCACCGCGCUAGCUUUGCACUGGUUUGGCUCUGGGCAGGACCAGGAGGCGGCAGGUCCAGCAUCCACAGCCUCUCGACCUUCACAGGUGGGAGGACCUGGGCCAGCCCUGCCCCCGAAAUCCAAGGUUAGUGGUGGUGUCGAGGGACACAGCCCAGGGCAGGAGAAGCCAUACCCUCCAGGACGUGGCCAGGGGAGUCCAGCUGCAGCAGGGGCCCAGGAUCAGGAGCCCCCGCGAGGUGAAGGUCUGGCUGCUACAGCUACACCUCCACUCAAGACACCUGGUGAGGUGGCCAGCGGAGGGGCCUUGGGACAGCAGCAUGGUAAUGCCACUCCAGAAGCCCCCCGAGGAAAAGGAAGGGAGCCUCGCAGGCCAGGUGCUGCCCUCCUGGGUCAGAGCAAAGCAGAGGGGACAUCUGCCCCCCUCCUGAUACACUUCACCCCCCGGAGUCCUGGCGGAGAAGUGGAGGUGCAGGUAGAAGCAGGAGGCGUCCAAGCCAAGGCACCAGCUCACCAGGCCCUCGUCCACAUGGUGGAACGGGACACCAGCCCCUGGCAGCAAGGUGUGGCGUCACCUGGCUCACUGGGGAGGGGCCCAGGCAGCCGCCGAUGGCAGGUGGACCGCAGCUCAGGAGAGAGAACCUGCCGCUCCCCAAGGCUGGACCCCCUGUCCCUGGGCACUGUGGUGAGUGUGUGGGAUUCUGUGGGUGCGGCCAGCAGCCUCCCCGCAGGCUCCCAGGGGCUCCCUUUGCCCCAGGAGCUGCCCCCAUCGUACACCCUGAAGACUAGUCCCCCGACGGAUGUCUCAGAGAGGGGGCGUGGGAAGAGCAGCCCCCAAUCAGCCCCAGUCCUAGCUCUGGACUCAGGAGCCAAAGCUACUGAGAGCAGGGAGGCUGGGACCCUGGCCCCCAGGGAGUCUCAGAGGUCCCCAGCCUCCAUGGAAGGUUGGCCCUGGGUGAGGAGGGAGGUCCUUGUCACCGGGAGCUUCAGCCAGGCCCCAGGCUCCAUGGGCCUAUCACAAGAGGGGCCACAGGGGGGACACCCACUCUUGUCCCAAGGGGAGGGGACCACAGAGGCCAGCACUGUGGGUGAGGCUGGGGCUCACGGCUCUGGAGACCACCCUUUCUUCAGUUCAGGCCCUGAAGGGACAAAGGAGCAAGGGGGCCACAGUGUUAGAGAAGGGGGAGGAUCCCUGCAAGGCCAGGUGGCUAGUGGCUCUGACAGAGGGAAGCGAGCUGCAGAGGUUGGCAGCUGCAUGCCCUCCCUGAGCCCCUCCCUCACAUCCUCUCCACGCACCCCUAAACCCCUCCCGCCCACAGCACAUCCCCAUCCAGGUCUCUUACCUGCAGCUCCAACUCUUCUGAACUCCUCUCUGUCAAUCUCUUUGCCCCCCAGAGUUGGCCAGGGUCCUGCUGAGGAUGAAAAUCUCAAAGCAGCGCCAUGCCCUGCCCCAGGCCCAUCCCCUGUCACAGCUGCAGCCCCUGCCCCUGUCACAGCUGCAGCCCCUGCCCCUGUUACAGCUGUAGCCCCUGGGCCUGCUAGUGGGUCAAGGCUUGCCUCUCAGAAGCCCAGUGUGGUUCUCUGCAAGGGCAGUCAGGAGGGGCAGUUCUCAACUAGCUGGGGAAACCUUAUUUCGAUGGUUCUUAGGAGUCACCCCUUCCCCAGGCCAGAGAGGCCCCAAGGGACAGUCCCAAGGGCAGCUCCGGAGAGCCCCAGAGAGCCCAGCACUUCCACACCCUCUGAGAACAGAGAGUCUGGCUCUUCCCCUGAAGAGGCUGUCCCCAGCCGUGAGGACAGGCAUGGCUCGGCUGGACUGGUCACAGGGGCAGGCACAGGGGGCCUGGCUGAGGCUGGAGCUCGGCCACAGCAGGGCAGCACCGAGACCAACGAGGCUCCCACCGCAGGCCCUCCCUCAGGCCCAAGAGGGGAGAGGCUUGAGGAGAAACAUCCAGACUCGCUGCCACCUGGAGCUGCAGAACCCAGGGCCCCCUCACGGCCACCGGAGCAGACCCAGCCUGGCUCUGCACCCUCCCCAGUUACAAGGCAGGACUCACAGCCUGUCCCCCGGCCACGGAAACGCAGCUUGUGCGAAAUAUCCCAGAGCUCUGAGCGUGAGGCCAGCCCAGCGGCCCCAGGGCAGCACCGAGGACAGGAGCCCGGGGAGGGGCCCAGCCCUGCAGGCAGCAGGCAGGUCCUCACUGAGAAACAGAAGGAGGCCCGAAAACUCAUGGUGUUUCUGCAGAGGCCGGGGGGCUGGGGGGUGGUGGAGGGGCCCCAGAAGCCCAUGUCCUCGGCGGCAGCAGCUCUGCAGCGAUGGCUGGACCUGGGCAGCUGCCUGGAGGCACUGGCCUUUGCCCAGCAGCACGGGGACCACCGCCUGGCCCAGGAGACCUAUGCCUGGAUGAGUGACAAUCUGCUACACGUGCUGGGAGACCCGAGCCUCUACCGGCAGCUGAGUGGGGCUGACCGGGAGCGCAUCCUGAGCCUUCGGACCAGCCGGGGCCAGGCGGUGCUGGGGGUUCUCGUGCUGCCCAGCCUCUACCGGGUGAGCCGCUCAGGGCUCACAAGGGACCCUCGUGGGGUGGAAGAAACUCCCGCGGUGCGGCCCGCGCCCCCGCCUCCCCGCACGUACCUGCACGUGUUCCACCCCCGGGAGAACGCGUGGCGGCCCCUGACCCAGGUGCCCCAGGAGGCCCCGCUCCGGGGCUGCGGUCUCUGCACCCUGCACAACUACCUGUUCCUGGCGGGGGGCAUCCGUGGAUCCGGUGCCGAGGCUGUCUGCUCCAACGAGGUCUUCUGCUACAACCCUCUGACCAACAUCUGGAGCCAGGUGCGGCCCAUGCAGCAGGCGCGCGCCCAGCUCAAACUGGUGGCGCUGGACGGGCUACUCUACGCCAUUGGGGGCGAGUGUCUGUACAGCAUGGAGCGCUACGACCCGCGCACGGACGCCUGGACCUCCCGUGCGCCCCUCCCUGCAGGCACCUUCCCCGUGGCUCACGAAGCUGUGGCCUGCCGGGGGGACAUUUAUGUUACCGGCGGCCACCUCUUCUACCGCCUGCUCAGGUACAGCCCCGCGAAGGACGCGUGGGACGAGUGUCCCUACAGUGCCAGCCAUCGGCGGUCCAGCGACAUUGUGGCUCUGGGGGGCUUCCUGUACCGCUUCGACCUGCUGCGGGGCGUGGGCGCCGCGGUGAUGCGCUACAACACCGUGACCAGCUCCUGGAGCCGGGCCGCCUCCCUGCCCCUGCCCGACCCCGCCCCGCUCCGCUGCGCCGUGCUGGGCAACACCAUUUACUGCCUCAACCACCAGGUCACAGCCACCUUCACGGUCUCCGAGGGAACCGCCCAGUUCCAGGCCAAGGAGCUACAGCCUUUUCCCCCGGGGGCCAAAGGGGUCCUCUGCCCAUUCAUCCUGACGCUACCCCCCGUGGACCCGCUGCAGACUGCCCUCUGA